AUGUCUCACCUCACUUACACUUCCUACGAGGGCUACGGCGAGCGCGUCAAGAAGAGCCUCUGGUACAGCCAAGCUGUCCGUGUCGGUGAUGUCAUAGAGUGCUCCGGCCAGGAAUAUCUUUGCUUUGGAGGUGGCUGGGACCGUGACACCGACAAAAUCGACCCGAACAUUGUCGUUCAGAUCGAAAAGGCUUUCGACAAUGUCGACAGGACCCUCAAGCUCGCCGGCAGCCGUGGCUGGGAGGACGUCUUCUUCCUCCGCUCUCACCACCUGCCCUGCAACCAGGAGGCCAUGGAGACCAUGGUCCGUUGCCUGAAGAAGUACUGCCCCGACCACCAGCCCGCGUGGACCGCUCUUGGUGUCCCCCGCCUAGCUUUCGAUGAUAUGAGAGUCGAGAUCGAGGCCGUGGUUGCCGAAGACCGUUGCAACGAGCUCAACUGGAUCGGCCUGCGGGAGACGCCAGCGACGAGAAAGCGUCUCCUAAUGGGUUUCUUCGUCAUUGUGGCGGCCCAGAGCAGUGGUGUCCUCAUCAUCAACAAUUACCAGAUCAUCCUGGACGAGGGACUGGGCAUCACCGGCUGGAAGGCUUUGCUGCUUCUCGGCAUCUGCACCUCGUGGGCCGCCGCCAGGAACUGGGUCAACGCCUUGCUUCUCGAUCGUGUCGGCCGUAUCAAGCUCAUGGUCGGCGGCAUGACGAUCGCCGCCAUUGCCGUGGCUUGUGAGGCGGCCAUGGUAGCCAGUUUUGAUGGCACGGACAACGCCGUCGGCAACGAAUUUGGGGUCUUGUUCCUCUUCUUGUUCAUCACCUUCUUUGCUGGUGGUAUGGACGCAUGCGUCUCCUUCUCGGUGGCCGGCUUGUUCGCCAUCACUCUCAUCUACACCGGUUCGGCAUCGACAGCGUUUGCUUCGAUUGGCUGGAAGUAUUAUCUCGUCUUCGUCUUUGUGCCUCUGGUCUGCGUUGUCAUCAUCUGGUUCUGGUUGCCCGAGACCAACGGAUUCUCUCUGGAGGAGACUGGUAAACUGUUCGGCGAUAAUGUCGUUCUAGAAUCAGAUGUCAUGGGAAAACUGGAUGCCCGAAGCGGUGGUGCCACCAAGAGUGCCUUGGCUAUCUUAGGUGAUAUUCUUGUCAAGUCAAUCUUCAUCAAGUUUCACCCCGUCAAGAUGGUUUCUGCCAAGUCAGUCGCCGUGUUCGGCAGCAUGCUGCUGGGCAACGUCAUGGCCGCCGACAACAUGGGACCGGCCGCUUUCCUCUGGCCUCCCGACCGUGAGUGGAGCGCCGAUGCCGACAACACCGCGCCGUGCGGAUCGACUAACGGCGUCGGCGCCCGCACCGAGUUCCCCCUGGUCAACGGCAAGCUCGCUCUCGUCACCCAGGACAUGACUCGCGCCGUCCACUUGAGUGUCUCCUACAAGAACGACCCCAAGUCUGCCUCCGACUUCGAGACCUUCCUGGGCCCCAGCGACGUCGGCAGCCUCGACCUCGGCCACACCUGCGUGACGGUCCCCACCGCUCCCGAGGGCACCGCCGCCGGCUCCAACGCCACCUACCGCAUGCUCUACGUCUCCAACUUUGAGCAGGACGAGUCCAAGCGCGAGACCUUCUACGCCUGCACCGACGUCACCUUCGUCGACGUCUUCACCACGCGCAUCCCCUGCUUCAACACGACCAUCAGCGACCCCGAGGUCAAGAGCGACCCCUCCGUCGACGUCACCACCACCGACUCCGGCGGCAACACUCCCCACACCGCGGCCGACUUCACUGCCGCCGACUCCAAGUCCUCCGGUGGCCUCUCCCGCGGCGCCAUCGCCGGUGCCGUUGUCGGUUCCAUCGCUGGUGUCUCCCUGCUCGGUCUCGCUGCCUUCUUCCUCUGGCGCCGCAAGUCUGAGAAGAAGACCGUUACUGAGCCCAUGCAGCAGCGUUGGGAUGCCGAGAAGGCCGUCAGCGAGACUUCUUCGCAGCACAGCGGUCGCCAGUAG